GGGGUGUUGGUUGUUUUUGCGAAUCGUCUUGCUUAACUUCUAGCCGCUUACCAAAAUGCUCAAUAUGGGCUUGACCCUCAAUGGAGGACCUUCUGUUCCACCCGCCUUUCAAGGGCCUCGUGCUUCAUACGUUGCCCUUGCAGCUAUAACAACACUAGGCCUGGCACUCCUAACGUCUAUAUGGGCGUCAGAUGUUUCGGGUAGCACUGCCGUGAUGGGUCUCCUUGCUGUUUACUUGGCGUCAACAGAGCUGCUGCUGCUGUAUUCCAUCUUCAGCCCGGCCUCAGUGAUCAUUGAUAUCAUCCGUCUUUCUGUGAGCACGCACGGUGUUCAUGGCCGUGGUUGGCUUGUUUUCUUCACUAUUUGCGAGAUGAUAGCAAAGCUCGCGGGUGGUGUCUUGGCCUGGUCCCUGCACCGCUCAGCAACGGUCGGUGAGGUGCCGUACCAAGCAAUCGGCCAGGCCAAUGCCGGCGGUGCUGGGGUCAGCGCUGUGCCGCCCCCUCCGUCGUACGGCCACAUGCCCUCCUCAGACCCCUUCGCCGCCUACCAGCCUCCUCAGCCGGACUCGCACCCGCCCCUCUCCACCACGUACCAGCCCUUCCCCUCCAGCCAGCCGGCCUCCAUCUCGCACCCAUGAGGGUGACGAGGGACGGCUAAGGGCUCAAGACGUCGUACACUCCGUACCCUUGUACGGCAUGUUGUCUGUACGAGCCAAGUGUGCUGGGAGGCGGGCAAGGGGGCGCUGCUGCAUGCCGUCUGCCUCGGGGGCUUGAGCCUGUCUCGGGGGCUUGAGCCUGGGGACUGCAGAGAGGGAGAGGCAAGGAAGAGGGGCAGGGGUCAGGAUGCAUGGGCGGUGUGUGUACAUUAUGCCGGCUGGGGCUGUAUUGAAGCCCUUGUGUGCAUGUGGCGGGGCUUAGGAGUGCUUUGUUGCGCUGGGAAACAGGUCUGAUGGCUUUUCGCGACACGCUUGGACAGGCACGGGAGGACUGCAGAAGCGGGAGGGCGGACCACUAGCACAUUCUUUGAUGCAGUUGAGGCUUGAGAUGAAAGUGUGUGAAGCGAGGAGCACGAGCCCAAGGUGCCUGGGCGGCGGAUCGUGUACCCCAAGUUUCGCCCCUGCGUGUGUUGCUAAAUCGGUGUAUCCGCUGCUCAUGGAAGGGCGCCUGGGUUUGCAGGGCGCUGCGUACGCGACCUGAGAGGCUAGGCGAGGGCGGUUAGAGAAGGGGUCGGGGAAGAAGAGUCGAUACUUGGCAGGAUGUGGCGCUGGGCGGACGAGGGAGCAGCGGCAGCAGCGGAGUACAGGGGUGAUUGCAAAGCGGCUGGUCCAGGCCUCGUUGAAGAAGGGGCGUUGAAGGAGGGACGAACAUGUGGCGCCUGGCUGUCUGGCUGGCUGGGUGCUUUCUAGGACCGAUGAUGGCACGUUGACCCCAGCGGCAGUGUGUGCG